AGCUACAUCAAUCUAGAUACAAAGCACGCAUGUAAUUUUUUUUUUUUUUAGCUCUACAAACGAGUAAAUCCUAUUGUUCGAGGUGUUUAUACGUAGAUAACCAAUUGAUAAAUCAAUGUCAACCGAAAGACGUAUUCAAUUUGGCGAUUACCAUGCCUAUUAGCAUGAAAGAAAAUCAAAGCUUGUCUUAUCGACAGAGAAGCUCGAGUGCGAACAGUUAGCUCUUGGAAACCUAACCUACUCGAGAGUGUAAUUACGAGUAUAAAAAUAAAUAUCGUAUAAACGAUCAUAAUCGAUUGGAAUGAGUGAGUUGUUACAGUCGCAGGUACUUUUCGAUUACCUAACGUGAAAAGUAAUGCUGCUUUUAUCUAAAAGUUUACAAAGACAGACAAUCACUAUAUUCUCAUGCGGUUUAACCAAUUUCGUAUUCGGAUUAGGAUUCGGUUGGAUAGCACCGGCCCUAGAUCACUUGCAAUCUGACGCGAGUAGUUUUUUAAUCAAUGACGAAGAAUUAUCAUGGGUUGCAUCGACGUAUUUCGCUUUGGAAAUAACAUCGUCGAUCGCAGCCGGCUUCUUUUCUGGUUUUAUUGGUCGAAAACCAUUGAUUACGAUUGGCACAUUCUUGCAAGCUUUAUCAUGGGUGAUAUUGAUCGUAGCCAAAUCCGCAGCCAUGGUCGUAUUAAGCAGAGCUAUUUUAGGAAUAGCUGCCGGAAUAUUCGAUAUUACUUGGAGCAUUUACCUGGGAGAGAUAACUACUCCCAGCGAAAGAGGCAUUUUCGGAUCCAUUAUGAUCGUGUUGGUAAUCGGAGGUCAAAUGAUUGAAUUCCUGUUGAGCUUAUUCGUUUCUCACGUUUAUCUUUCCGUAAUCCCUUUGGCAAUAUCGGUGGUGUCGUUCGCCAUGUGCUUCCUCAUGGUGGAAGCUCCGCCAUUCCUCGUAACUCGAGGGGAAAAUGCAUACGCUCUGAGUAAUCUAGCCUGGCUGCGAGGUAAAGACGACGUCAAAGAGGUCCAACUGGAAUUCAACGAGAUGAAAGAUUACAUCGAAAGUGUACAGCAGAGGAGGCACGUACUAUGGAACGUUCUCAAACAUCCAAUGGGUAACCGAGUGUACAUAUUUUGUGUGCUAAUUUUCGCCUUAGCUCAACUUACCGGGUAUAUGGUAGUUGUAUCGUAUCAAGCUGUUGUAUUGGCUCAAUACGACGAUAUCCCCGAUGGUAAAUACGUCACGUUGAUUUUCGGAAUCUCGAUUUUCGUUUUUGUCCUCGUUAACAUAGGCUUCAUCGAAACAAUCGGACGCAGGACCUUGCUACUCGUUGGAUUCGGCGCAUGUGCCAUAAUUCAAAUCUCAACAGCUUUUUCAAUCUAUACUCAGGAUCAUAAUAUUUUUAAUGUAUCGUUCAUACCUAAAAUUAUCGUAGUUUUGUUCAAUUUUUACGGUAUUAUUUUCAUAAUGUGCAUUUUGCCGACUAUUUUCGUACUUAAAUCCGAACUAUUUCCUCAAGAAAUGAAAACGGUCGGCAGUGUGUCAUCAACAGUGAGCAAUGCUUUUGCCGAAUUCGUAGUUACUAAAUUUUUCGUAUUUGUUUGGUAUAAGUACGGACUUUACGUUAAUUUCGCGUUUUACGCGAUCGUCGAUAUUGUUUCUGUAAUAUACGUGUAUCUUCUAAUACCCGAGACCAAAGGUAAAUCUUUGGUACAAAUUCAAAAUGAGUUAGCUAUUAGGAAAAGUUCUGAAGUAGGUUUUAGUCCUUCCAGCACUACCAGUAGGUCUAGGUACGUAAGUUCGCCGGAGUAAAUGUAUUUAAAGGGUGCUCGAAAAAUUGUGUGUUUCCCGAGUUUUUAGUUCUGCAACGUUGAGUAGAAUUGCCAACCUCACUUCGUGUUACAAAAUCUCAACAAAAUGUGCUGGAGGGGGGGAGGGGUCUGAAGCACAAUUUUUAGGGCACGACGUAGGAAAUCGAAAAGUGUAGAUUUUUACAUAAUAAUUAUAAGAAUCCUAAAAUUUUAAGAAUGUACAUAUAACUUGAAUAAAUGUUUUUU